CUAGAACGUGGCGCAAGGCGGCAUAUGGCAUCCGUUGAUACCACCAGCUCGCGAUUUUGUGUAUAUCAUAAUAGGUUUUUCGUAAAACGAGGGAAAAUGGAUAAAUGUAGGAAAACUUUGAUUGUCGGCUCGAAUGCACAAGGCGGCAAAAGCGCUUUAACAGACCUUGCUUCUCAGUUUGGUUUUUAGAAUACGCUACGGGAUACUGCAGAACAACAGGAGACAGCUGCCAGUUUCAAUAUGGCAGCGCAGAUUUUCUUGAAAAAGGCACGUUUGGCACGAGUUUCAAGGCAAAAAUCACCGACCGGGGAAAUUAUACUGGAGACUCGACGGUAGCAGUUAAAGUAUCCCAUUUAGCUAAAGAUCCCGAGAACGGAUCUAAGCAGAAAAGGUGGGAGCAGCUGGGAAAACGCCUGGCUGAAAUGGUGGAACUUAACCAUGAGCACGUGGCUAAAUAUCACCAAAUAAAAACCACGCGGACGUUGGGAGGAGUAUGCAUCGAACUGAUGACGGAUUAUUACGAAGGUGGUAAUUUAGCAUCCCUACUGAGGCGACAGUGGAAAGAGAAUCUGGUGUGUGACAUGUCCACUGUGGCGCGUUGUGGAGGCGAAAUCGCCGACGGACUCACUUACCUCCAUGCACAGCAAAUUGUCCAUGGGAAUUUAAAGCCGGAAAGUGUUUUUAUUAAGCAGACAGAGAAAUAUCACAACAGACUCGGCAGUAUGAUCAUUGGUGACCUGGACGAUUCAUCACUAUGGAUUUUCCGCUGCUCGAGGUCUUUGGACAUUACACAGCAAGACAUUGGGAUGCGCUACAUGUCACCGGAGAUGCUAGUAAAUGUAUCCCGUUUUCCGAAACCCUGUCUCGAAUUACAAACCGGUAGAAGGACCGAUAUCUGGAGUCUGGGCUGCAUAUUACUGGAUCUAGCAUGCGGCAUUCCCCGAAGACAGAUACAGAACGUUGCUGAUAUCAUUAAUGCUGAAGAUAUUUCCGUGUACUGUUAUUUGACAUUAAUACUUAAUGGGUAUCUGCCACACGUGCCGCAAUCAAUCCCAGAAACUCUGGCUUCCUGCAUUCGGAAAACGUUAUGCUUCAAAAGUACGGAAAGAAUAUCCGCCGCUGAACUGCGCGACCAACUGCAGUCCGCUGCGUUGAUACCGGGUUGUGAAUUAGCUUCACAGAAUCCGCUGCAAUCGCCAAGAUCUUCACCGAAAGACUGUCUGUUGCUGGUAGGUCCAGCUGGACAGUAAAUCCAACUUUGGUGCAGCCGGUUUAUUGUCACACGAAGACCUCCUCGCAAUGUCACAGUGAUGACCUCUUACCAAGCGUGGCAACCAAUAGCAGUUAUUAUUUACUGCAUUAUUUCGAUGACGUUCAUCGUCUCGUAGCAGAAAGGCAAUACCAAGCACACAUUAGUAACUAAUUGCACAUGCAUCAUAACUGAAUUGAAAUUAAUACUGUACAUGUUUUACAUGUACAGCGAUGUGCUGUAUAAUUUUGUUUUUUUAAUGCCUUAAUUUCAAGUUUCAGAUUUCAGAUUUCAGUAAGAUUUUAAAUUCUAAAUUCAGAUUUCAAAGUAGCUGGCGUCAAAAUAUACUGUCGAUUAUUAUUAUUUGUAUCAUUAUUAUUAUUGCCUGAAUUGUGGUGCUGAAACGGUCCUUCGUAAACUGUCUUUUAUAACUGUUAGCUGAACUGUCUUUAUAAAGUAUAUUGCGUUACCGACGAAGCGCGAUAUGCGGUAAAGGAAUGCCAGACCGUCAGGUCGCAGGUGUAUUGCGACGGCCAGUCCUGGUGGCUGCUCUUACCGACGGUUUGACAAACCGUAGCGUCUGCUAGUUUCAUCUUGUGCAAUUGGGUGGGCGGUGGCAUAUGUGGGUACCUAAGAAGCCUACCAAAGUUUUUCUCGUAUCCCUUCGCCUGUUUUCUGUCUCUAUUCUAUUUAUUGCAGUAGUUGCCUAUCGUGGGUCUCUGUGUCUAUAGUUUUUCAUAUUAAAUCGUUAGUGUUUUCUUCUUUGAGAGAGCGACGCUACGUUGUGCGACGAUGCUAAAUGAUAAACCCAAUUAAAU